AUGGCCAACGUCUCCAUUGUGAUGGGAUUUCUCCUUCUGGGGUUCUCAGAGGUCCGGGAGCUGCAGCUGAUCCACGUCGUGCUGCUCUUCCUGGUCUAUCUGGUGGCCUUGACGGGGAAUCUCCUUAUCGUCACCAUCACUGUCCUCGACCAGCGCCUACACACACCCAUGUACGUUUUCCUCAAGCACCUGUCCCUCUUAGAUAUCUGCUACAUCACCGCCACCGUCCCGACGUCCAUCCUCAACUCCUUGACCAACAGCAGAUCCAUCUCCUUCCUGGGGUGUACUACACAGGUCUUUUUAAUGUAUCUUUUUGGUAGUUCAGAAGUUUUCAUCCUUACAGCAAUGUCGUAUGACCGCUACGCAGCCAUCUGCUGCCCCUUGCGCUAUGGCAUCAUCAUGGACCAAAAGGCUUGUGGGAAGAUGGUCGCCGCCUCCUGGCUUAGCGGGAGUCUUUACUCCCUGAUGCACACUGCCGCCAUUUUUCUCUCCCACUUCUGUGGUCCUCGCAUCAUCCAUCAGUUCUUCUGUGACGUCCCCCAGUUGCUCAAACUCAUGUGCCCUGGAGAGGCCCGAUCAGAGGUCUGCGUUCUUGUCCUCAGUGCUAUUUUGUGUUUUGGCUGCUUUGUAUCCAUCCUCGUGUCUUAUGUCCGCAUCUUUUUGGCGGUGCUGAAGAUGCCGGCCACGGAGAGCCGGACCAAAGCCUUCUCCACCUGUCUGCCUCACCUCACCGUAGUCUUUCUGUAUCUUUUCACGAGUGCAUUUGCCCAACUGAAGCCACGCUCAUCCUCCCCAUUGACGCUGGACCUGCUGGUGUCUGUGUUCUACACUGUGCUGCCCCCCACCCUGAACCCCCUCAUCUACAGCUUGAGGAACCGGGACAUGAAGGCUGCCCUGGGGAAGAUCUUCUCUGUCCACUUCAUUUCUGGGGUGAACUGA